UUUUUUAUUAAUCUUCCCGGUGCCCAAAAAAAAACCCUAACCACAAACUAAGAGUGAGCACCGGUCCGGCACGCAUAAAUCCUUCCAUCGCCGCCAAAACCUCGCCUUUCUCCUGCUGUCGAAACCCUAGCUUUUUUCCGUCUCAGAUCUCGGAUCGUUCCGUCUUGGCGCCAUGUCCACUGCAGAGCUCGCCUGCACCUACGCCUCCCUCAUCCUCCACGAUGAUGGCAUCUCCAUCACGGCGGAGAAGAUUAUGACCCUGGUGAAGGCGGCGGGCUUGAAGAUCGACUCCUACUGGGCGCCCCUCUUCGCCAAGCUCCUCGAGAACAGGAACGUCGAUGACCUCAUCUUGAGCGUUGGAUCCGGAGGAGGCGGUGCUGUCGCUUUCUCUGCUGCCCCGGCCGGUGGUGCUGAUGGCGCUGCUGCCCCUGACGCUGCCCCUGCGGCCGAGGAGAAGAAGGAGGAGCCAAAGGAAGAGAGUGACGACGACAUGGGAUUCAGUUUGUUUGAUUAGAGAGACAGAGAGGCGUUCCGGCUUCUUUGUUAUGCUUUUCUAUAUGAAGAUUAGGUACUGAUGUAGGUGGUAAAUGUGUCUUUCUUUUAGGUUUUUUUGGUGUUAAAAUGUUUGGUUAUGGUUGGAUACCUUUGAAGAGGACACUAUGAUUAAGCAUGGUUUUGUCUAAUGGAAGUUUCAAUUUAUUUCUGUUGGUCUUUUA